AUGGCAGGCCUUUCCCAAAAUGUGUUGAACAUGAAGUUCAUGAAAGGUGCCGAUAACAAAGGCACCGAGCCCGCCCAACCUGCAACAUACAAGAAAGUCAAGGACUCUUCUGAAUGGUUUCUUCCGAACCGUGGACAGGUGCAACAGAAGAUGAAAAGCGCCGUCAAAGUCAACACUGUUGGUUACGGCAGUAUAGCGUCAAUCGCUGCUGAACAAGAACCUGAAGUUGAAGAGAAGCCAUCAAAGAAAGAACCAGAACCAAAGAAAGAUAGCAAAAAGGAAGCCGAUAAGUUCCUUGAAGAUAUCCUGGGUAAGUCAAAGAAAGACAAGAAGAGAAAGGCCGAGGGCCAAUCAGGGAAACCAUCGAAGAAGAGCAAGAAGCAGAAAAAGACGACGUAA